ACGCAGGGCCUCUGAGGCCGAGGGCGGGGCCGCCGGGGACCUGAGGCCGAGGCACAGCGGCCCGAGCCGGGCCAUGGCGAAGCUGCUGAGCUGCGUCCUCGGCCCCCGGCUCUACAAGAUCUACCGGGAGAGGGACACGGAUCGGGCCGCGUCUAGCGUCCCCGAGACGCCCACCGCCGUCCCCGCCCCCUCCUCCAGCUCCUGGGAUACCUAUUAUCAGCCCCGUGCCCUGGAGAAGCAUGCUGACAGCGUCCUGGCACUGGCUUCGGUCUUCUGGUCCAUCUCUUAUUACUCCUCUCCCUUCGCCUUCUUCUACUUAUACAGGAAAGGUUACUUGAGUUUGUCCAAAGUGGUGCCGUUUUCUCACUAUGCCGGGACAUUGCUGCUUCUGCUGGCAGGGGUGGCCUGCCUCCGAGGCAUCGGCCGCUGGACCAACCCCCAGUACCGGCAGUUCAUCACCAUCUUGGAAGCCACACAUCGGAACCAGUCUGUAGAAAACAAGAGGCAGCUGGCCAACUAUAACUUCGACUUCAGGAGCUGGCCAGUCGACUUCCACUGGGAGGAGCCCAGCAGCCGCAAGGGGUCCCGAGGUGGCCAUUCCCGCAGGGGCGUGGCCCUGCUCCGCCCAGAGCCUCUGCACCGGGGAACAGCAGACACAUUCCUCAACAGGGUCAAGAAGCUGCCCUGCCAGAUUACCAGCUACCUGGUGGCGCACACGCUGGGGCGCCGGAUGCUGUACCCGGGCUCUGUGUACCUGCUCCAGAAGGCGCUCAUGCCUGUGCUGCUGCAGGGCCAGGCCCGCCUGGUGGAAGAGUAUAAUGGGCGCCGGGCAAAACUGCUGGCCUGCGAUGGUAACGAGAUUGACACCAUGUUUGUGGACCGGCGGGGGACAGCUGAGCCCCAGGGGCAGAAGCUGGUGAUCUGCUGUGAAGGAAAUGCGGGCUUCUAUGAGGUGGGCUGUGUCUCCACACCCCUGGAAGCUGGCUACUCCGUCCUGGGCUGGAAUCACCCCGGUUUUGCUGGAAGCACGGGGGUACCAUUCCCACAAAAUGAGGCCAAUGCCAUGGAUGUGGUAGUUCAGUUUGCCAUCCACCGCCUGGGCUUCCAGCCCCAGGAUAUUGUCAUCUACGCCUGGUCCAUCGGAGGCUUUACUGCCACGUGGGCAGCCAUGUCCUACCCAGACAUCAGUGCUGUUAUCCUGGACGCCUCCUUUGAUGACUUGGUGCCCUUGGCCCUGAAGGUCAUGCCCGACAGCUGGAGAGUCCUGGUGACCAGGACUGUGAGGCAGCACCUCAACCUCAACAACUCGGAGCAGCUGUGUAGGUUCCAGGGCCCUGUGCUGCUGAUCCGCAGAACCAAGGAUGAGAUCAUCACCACCACGGUUCCUGAGGACAUCAUGUCCAACAGAGGCAAUGACCUCCUGCUGAAGCUCCUGCAGUUCCGGUACCCUCGAGUGAUGGUGGAGGAGGGGCUCCGAGCUGUGAGGCAGUGGUUGGAGGCCUCGACCCAGCUGGAGGAAGCUUCCGUUUACAGUCGGUGGGAGGUGGAGGAGGACUGGUGUCUGUCGGUGCUCCGCUCCUACCAGGCAGAGCAUGGGCCCGACUUCCCCUGGAGUGUGGGGGAGGACAUGAGUGCGGAUGGGCGGAGGCAGCUGGCGCUGUUUCUGGCCCGGAAACAUCUGCACAACUUUGAAGCCACGCACUGCACCCCACUCCCAGCCCAGCACUUCCAGAUGCCCUGGCACCUCUAGGGACCACAUUUAGACUCUUCUGGAAAGACGAGAUGGGAGGAGACAUGAGGGGACGUUUUGUGAUUCUCUCUAUUGGUGUUGCUGUUUAUAGUCUGGGCAGUGGGGCUGCCCCUCUGACCACUGUCCUCUUGCACGUUCCCCUCAUCCACAUGGACGCACUAGCGCUCCCCAGCACACACCCUGCAUUAAAUGAAUGAUUUAUUCCUAAUAAUUAAUAAAAAGGUAUUUUUUCUAC